AUGAUGAAAACCGCCGACGAGGUGAAAUUCGAAAACAAUGAAGCCGCGAAUCGUAGCAAAUCGCGGCUGGCAGGGAUUCUCCGGUCGUUCAGUAGCGCGGGAUCGUACUCGAAACGCAAGGUGCCCACGAUCUCGAACCCACGGGCCGAGUUCCCCUUCGCCAAGCCGAACCUCUCCGCGAAGCGCGAUCGCGUGUUCCUGGACGUCCUGCAGGACUACCUGCCGAACGAGCCCGCGCAGAGCGCGGGCUCCGCCGCCAGAUCGCGCUUCCUCAAUAUCUACCGCGGCGAGAUAGUGCAGCUGCUUGAGCCCGCACCCAAUAACCUGGUCAAGGUCCGCCUCGUCAACCGCCUGGGCCAGGGUCUCGUGCCCGCGCGCUGCGUCGCGGUCAAUGUGGAACUCACGCCUUCCAAGAUGGCCCAACAGGGCUCCCAGGAGGACCUCGAGGUCAGCGAGCCGGGCUCGCCCACGCUCUCGCAGAAGUUGGAGUCUGAACCGGAAACCGAAUCUGAGUCUGAGUCUCCUAAGCCACAGGCUCCGGCGUCCGGCUUGAACGCUGUCGAAAAGUGCCAGGUGGUGGGCAUACACAUGUGGGAGAACCGUAUCCUGUACCGCAUCGACUGCAUCAUGAGGUCCGGCCACCGCCGUGCUUUGUCGCGAUUCUACCAAGACUUUUAUUCCUUGCAGCUCCAGCUGCGGGACCGCAUGGUGGAAGAAGGCAUUGAGGAUCCCCAGGAGGUGCUCCCCGGACUUCCAUCGCCCUCCAGGAAGGUCGACGAUUCGAAGGUCACCAACAGAUUGGACGUCUUCAACGAAUACCUGCAUCAGAUCAUAAGCUCCGAGCAUAUCUCCCAGUCCAUUAAGCGCGAUGUCGUUCUGGAUAAGUGGCUAUCUCUGAGACCGGGCGACUUGGUCAAGACACAGCGUGGCUCUCUAUACAAAGUGAAUGAGGCUGCCUCAGAAAGCCGCGAAGAUUUCACUUGGGAGUCUCUGGACCCAUCCACCAGCAUCGACGCGCUAGACCGCGACUUGUCGCCUUUGCCCACGGAUUGGAACCUAGGCGCUCUAGGGGGGCCAAAAGCGAAACCGCCAAUUCCACGCGCACCCUCUUUGACCGAUAUGCCCGUAAGGCGCAAGCCCCUCAUGAAGCUCUCUGCAGACUCCGCGCCCACAACGCCUAUCACAAACACGCUUGCCAAGUGUCUGACCCCAACAUCCGCGCCGCCUUCUCCCGAGCAAGUCGGCACUGACCACGUCAAGGUGAAAAUUCUCCACAAGGAUGACUGCUACGCCGCAAAAUGCACUCUUUCGGAGCUUGAAUCAUAUGAAAAGCUGGACUCUCUAUGUCGCUCCAAGCUUAAGAGCUGCCUAACCAGCGCGGACUGUCCCCUCACAAUUUCAUAUGUCAAUGACAAGAAAGAGCCUUUGGAGUUGUCGCGAGAGAUAUUUGAUGACGUGCUGCCGAAGCUAGUGCUUGCCGCUAGUGGAAGCAUAGUCACAAAACUCACUUUUCGCGUGGUAGCCGCAUAA